AUGCCUCCCAGUAAAAGCUUCUCGGAGUUCCAGGUCCAGGGUCUUUUCCAGCAGGAUUUACCCGGGUUAGGGAGCUCCAAUCGCGGCUGUGAUCUCAGAGAAGCUCCGUGCGGUAUCGUGGAGCUCCUGGACACCGCGGCGCUGCGCUUCCUCCAGCCGGAAAGGAGCUCCGUGGAGCGGGCGCAGAGGCGGAGGCGUGUCGCUGCCAAUGCCCGGGAGAGGAGGAGGAUGCUCGGCCUGAAUGUGGCCUUCGACCGGCUGCGGAGCGUUAUCCCGGAGCUCCAGAACCAAAGGAAACUGUCCAAAUCCGAGACCCUGCAGAUGGCGCAGAUUUACAUCGAGACCCUGAGCGAGCUGCUGGAGGAGGAGGAGGGAGAACCGGUGAAAAGCCGCAAACAUGGGGACAAACCGGGGGGAACACCGGGGGGAACACCGGGAGACACCGGGAAGAGCAGCCGGGGACCGGAGGAGAAUCAGAGGGGAUUUAAUGAGGACACGUGGGGGAGGACCAGCGGCACCAAAUUACUUUAAAAUAACCUUUUUAUAUAGUUUCCUGCAGAAAUGAUUUGUUCCUUUAUGUCCUGGAGAGAAAAGACUUUAAACUCUGAGAUUCAAUGUUAAUCUCAAUUUACUGCUAAAUAAUCAGUGGUGGAAGUCCAUUUUUUUUAACGUAUUUUGUGCUAUCCUUAAGUAUGUCCAUCUAU